AUGCCUCCCCGAACACGACCUAUACGCACCGACAGUGAUGACGCAGUCGACCACGCACCAGAUCAGGCUUGUCCUCCUGCCGCACCCGUGUUCAACGCAAAACGCAAGACUGCUCGUUCGCUUAAACUUGCCAUUCUUCUCGUUCCAAUGGCCCUCAUCCUCAUAGCGGCUUCUACGCGAUAUAUCACACAUCCCGCGGCGUUUGAUCUUGUGUCAGCUGAUUCCACGCACGAGUGGGAUGCUUGGUCGCCUUCAUGGUCGAGCUGGAGGCCACACAAAAGACAUCCUCAGGCUGACCUGGGCAUGGACACCUCGGCGAGUCUAUCAACGCCUGGUCCCACGGGCAGCUCUCUUUCUGUCACUUCAUCGAUUCUCGGCGCAGGCACUCCUACAAGCACGGGUGUCCCCGCGGUCCCGAUGAACCCGGUUCUACCUACUCCAUUUCCUCAACCUUUUGAUACCACACUCUCGGCAAACUUUUCUACAGAGGGAUGCUAUAGUUUCUUCCAAAAUAUGACAAACAUCGAGUCUUUUAGAGUCUGUCGGCCGUUUUCGUUACUGCUCCUGUCGUCGACGGCAUUCAUAGAGGCAGAGAACAAUAUUACACAACUAAACAAUGACAUCUGGGGGACUUGUAAUACGGAUUUAUCGCAGUCUCAAUGCGAUCAGAAUAUGGCUUCGUUUGCGUCCACGUUGCAGUCAGUAUGCCAGACGGAUCUUGCUGCUCGUAAUGCCAUGGCUGUGAAUACUUUGAUAGCCCUUAACGCUUACGACCUGAUGCGAACCGUAGCCUGCCAAACUGACCCGACAUCUAAUGCCUACUGCUACAUCGAAGCCGAUGCCGGCUCUGAUCCAUCCGCUUCCUACUUCUAUCAGCUUCCUCUCGGUCAACCGCUACCGAACAUCACUAAUUUAGCAUGCACAGCGUGUACGAAGAGUCUCCUGGCUAGCUACGCAAGUGCUCUCUCCAGCAGUAACUCGACUGGUUUGACUGGAUUGCAGCAGACCUAUGGGGAUGCUGCAAAACAGGCUGUUAGUAUCUGUGGGAGUGGGUACGCCCAGAGUGUCACGCAGAGUACCAGUGUGACUACCUCGUCUGCGUUAGGCCACGGCAUAACGAAGACAGGAAUCUUGUUGGCAGGUUUCUUAGCGACGUGUGCUAAUUUGUAUAUAUCAUUGUGA